AUGGCGGACGUAUUGUCGUCAAAUUCAAGCGAAGAAGAUGACGCUGUCACAAACCCAAUUCAACUGGCAAUAAAUAAAGGAGCCAAUAUUACAGAGCCUGAUCGAGCUGCUAUUUCGAGGAAGCGGAAAAUCGUAAAAAACAGUGGGAAAUACAAGGCAAGUCGUAUGAAAAAUCACUCGAAAAAUGAUACCUGUGUUUGGGACAGACUAAAAGAUUUCCCUGGUCAACAUUUCGUCAACGAAAAUGGGCAGUUACGAUGUAAUGCCUGCAGUGAGAUAAUUAGUAUUAAAAAAAGUUCCAUCGAGAAGCACGUCCAAUCGAAAAAACAUGUAAACGGAAUUGCAAGCAUCGCCAAAAGCAAAAAGGAGAACCAGACUAUUUUGGAGUGUUUAAAAAAGCAAGAUAUACGCGAUCGUGCGAGCGGCUCAACUUUACCUGAGGAUAUGAGGCUGUUUCGUUUUGAAAUAGUAGAGACGUUUCUGCUAGCUGGUAUAGAAAUUUCAAAGCUUGACAUCAUGCGUCCUUUUCUUGAAAAGUAUGCUGGGCACAGGUAAUAAAUGGGACAUUAGCACUAGAAUAUAAUGUUGUAAUUUGAUAAAAGAUCUCUAAGUCCUUAUGUUAAAUGAAAUUUACGAUGUGGUGGUUGCUGCAUCUUGGGUAGGUGUGGAAAACACAACACCACGUAUCAUGAUUAAUGUGUAAUUGAAUAGUGGUUAAAUAUUCAUUGAUUAUAUAGGUUAACCGGCGCUAGCCACAUGAAAGAUAUCAUUCCAUCGGUACUUGAGAAAGCACGCGAGAAAAUCAAAGCUGAAAUCCAAAACGUGCAGGAAGUAUCUAUGAUAUUUGAUGGAACAGCCCGACUUGGCGAGGCUCUUGCAAUUGUGAUACGUUAUGUGCAGGAGAAUUUCAAGCCUACGCAGCGCCUAAUAUGCUUGGAAGUUCUUGCAAAGCCGCUAAAGGGUUCAGAACUAGCGCAGCGAUUGAUGUCGUGUCUUGUCGUAAAUCAUAACUUUGGUCCAAAUUUGGUACUCGCCACAAUGAGAGACGGCGCUGCAGUUAAUGGGGCUGCAAUACGACAGCUGUCAUUCUUUUAUCCUAACAUUUUUUAUGUUACUUGUUUUUCUCAUACCAUUGAUAAUGUGGGAACCCAUUUCAAAUUUAGAGUUCUGGAUAUAUUUUUUCGCCAUUGGAUAAGUUUGUUUGCCAAUAGCUAUAAUGCCAAACUUCUUUGGAAAGAGAGAACUGGACAAUCAAUGCGCACUUACAGUAAUACACGAUGGUGGAGUAAGUGGGAGGUCCAAAAACAAGUCUAUGAAUAUUUUGGUGAUGUCGUGCCCUUCCUGCGAGAAAAUGAGAAUCUCUCCCCUGCAACACGCCAACAUCUUUUGGAGAUAAUUGACAACCCUCGCGAUCUUCAGGAUCUCCGUUUGGAGCUUGCUGUAAUUGUUGACGCUGGUGUACAAUUUGUCAAGGCAACCUACUAUUUGGAAGGUGACGGGCCGUUAAUUUUCUCCUGUUACGAGCGUUUAUCAGCUGUUAGUAAUGCCAUUGGAGCCAAUUUUCCAAGCACCUCUGCUAUUGCUCGAGAAAUUGCCAACGGUGACGUUGUGGUUCAAAACCAGCUCAUUACUCAGGCAACAGCAUGUGUGCAACCCGGACUGCUCUUUUUUCAGGAAAAGUUCAGCGUGCAGUUCCACACAAUUGUUCGCGCUUUUAAGGUAUGCCUGUUAUUAACUCGCAUUCAUUGUGGAAUUACAUGUUUACGUGAAACUAAUAUUUGAUUUAUCCUUGUUAUAUUCAUUUCGAAAUCAGAAAAAAUUUAUUUUAAUAAUAAUUAUAUUAUUACCGUUAUUAUUAUAUUGUAAAGGUCGCACGUCUUUGUUGCCCAGUUCAAGUCCAACAACUAAAGCCAGAUGCUGCUACACUCGAAGAAUUUAGCAACUUUCCAUUCGUGAAUGACAACACAAUAGCCAACUUAGCUAAUGAUUGCCAGAUUAUCUUGCGGCUGUUGAUGACGUCAAAGUUUUUGAAAGAGAUGUUUUUAGACAAAUUUAUAGCUUUGUUUCUGAUAAUUUCUUACUCUCCAAGUUUCAAUCGGGAUUUCGACCUAAACACUCCACACUGUCCUCUUUGAUACAAAUGUGUGACGAUCUACUUGAGAAUAUGGAUAAUGGCAAAAUAAAUUGUGUCGUGUUCCUUGAUGUACGUAAGGCCUUUGAUUGUAUAAACCAUGAAAUAUUAUUAAAAAAGAUGCUUAACUACUUUGGUAUAUCAGGAAUUCCACUAAAUUGGUUCAAGUCUUAUCUAUCUGAUAGAGAGCAGCAAUGUCUGGUAAACGGUCAUUUAUCGAGCCCGAGAAAAAUGAAAUGUGGUGUACCGCAGGGAUCUAUUUUGGGCCCUUUAUUAUUCCUAUUAUACAUAAACGAUAUGCCUGACUCCUUAAAAUAUUCAACUCCAUCCCUCUACGCAGAUGACACAGAAAUUUAUCUAUCCUCUAAAGAUUGUGAUGACAUUGUUAUUAAAAUAAACCUAGAUCUUGAAAAUAUUCGAAAAUGGAUGCUACAAAAUAAGCUCCAAAUUCAUCCGACAAAAUCGAAAUAUAUGUUUAUUGGAUCAGCGUAUAAUAUUAAACAUAAGGUAUCUGGCAACCCAAUUCUUGUUAAUAACGUUCCAAUACCCAGGACUGAAAAUUAUACUUGCCUUGGUGUCAACAUUGACGAAAAAUUGACCUGGGAAAAACAUAUUGAUAUGAUAUGUUCAAAAGUCAGUGCGGGAAUCGGUGCUAUAAGACGUAUUAGGCCCUUCGUAUCGUCUGCGACACUAAAAUUGAUGUACAAUGCUAUUGUGCAGCCUUACUUUGAUUACUGCAGCCCUCUCUGGGACAACUGUGGAAUAGGCCUCAAGGACAGGUUGCAGAAAUUUCAAAAUCGGGCUGCAAGAGUAAUUUCUAGUGCGACUUACGAUGUUCGGUCGGUUGAUUUACUUGAAAGCCUGGGUUGGAAACACCUAGAACUAAGGCGAACUUCUCUAAAAUCUGUUUUCAUGUAUAAAAUUCUGAAUAACCACACCGCACCAAAUCUAAGAACAUCCUUUCGAUUGAAUAAUGAAUGUGAUAAUACCUAUGAUCUUAGAAAUAGAGAAACCGAUUUGUCUCUUCCUAAACCGAAUACCGAUUCUGGUAAAAGAUGCUUCAAAUAUAACGGAGCGGUAGUAUGGAAUAACUUACCGUAUGAGGUAAAAGUAGCGGGAUCUUUAAGUUCUUUUCAAAGAACUAUUAAUCAGGCAAACACUUAAAAUUGGCUCGUCCUGUUGCCUACUGUAUAUGUAAUUCUUCUUUCUUUGCUUUUGUAUUUUUAAUGUUUACCUGUACUGUAUAUUUGUCCAAAUCACGCCCCUCAUGGAAAUCAGCCCCGAGUUGUUGAGGCCAGCGUGCCUAAAUAAAUUCUUGUAUGUAUGUAUGUAUAUAUAUACAGAAUCGGUAUUCCGCUAUAUACACAGCAACUACAGUUAUCUAAUUGGUACUUGAUAACACCAGAUUACUGUAGUAUUUAGUAAUUUACUACCGCGUGUUAGCGUGUAUAUGUUUUUCCCUACAAACCUAAAGAUUAGUAGAAUCGGAAAUUUCAGAUUGGUAAACUAGAAUUCAAGGCACUGCAUGCGCUUUAGAUUUACUACCGCGUAACGAAUACAGUAUCGAAUAUAAGUCCGCCAUUUUUUUUUGCCUUUAAUAGCAGUUUACGAUUGGCAACUCACGGAAAUCGGCUUGUAUUUAAAAUAUACUGUAUGUUCUUCAAAGGUUCUGUCAUGAAAAAUGUUACGAAUAUUUCACUGAUGCUAGGCAAAAACGCUUUGCUGGUGACGUAGUCGGAUCAUUUUUGCUUAGCUUUUCGCAGCCUUUGCCUAAUUUAGCUAAUGUAUAUAUGCUAUAUAUAUAGCUAUGGACGCUGUGAUAAAAGGUCAUAAAACUUGAAGCAAAAGCAUUAGCGCACACAGCUAUAAUAUAUACGUAUACUACAUAUAUUUAAAGGUAGUGACAUUCGAUUAUUUAUUAAUUUAUUUCACGGAGAUUAAUUAUGUUCCGGUUUAUUGGAAAAUUUACAUCUUUAAAAAACCUAUAUGUUACAUUAAAACUCAUGUACCCGCCACUUCUGCACAUGCAGUCAAGGUAUUGGCAUUGCCAUGUAAUUUACCAUUACGGCAUUAGUAAAACAUUUAUAAUUUGCGGUUUCUCUUGUGGUUUCAAUGUGGUUUAACUCGACCGAACCUCAACCUAACCGCAACCUAACCUCAACCUAACCGCAACCUAACCUCAACCGAACCUCAACCUAACCGCAUGCCUAACCGCGACCUAACUGCAAACUAACCGCAACCUAACCGCAACCUAACCGCAGCCGCACUGUUAGGUUAUUUCUGGACAGUACUGUAAGUACAUGGUCCUGAUCAAAGUAAUUGCAAUAGAUUUGUUUUCAGUGGUAAAGUGUGAGAUAAGUUGUUCUGAUUAACAUACUAAAAAUAAAAGAAAAUCCCUUCGGUGGAACAUGGUGAAAAUCGAGUUUUUCUUACUUCUACUUAUAGAAAACCAUUGUCGACAGAAUGUUGAAAUUUUGAAAUCAUUUUUAGGCAAAUGUAACCUACAUUAUUGGAAAGCUUAGAAAAAACUAAAAUAUAAAUCAUUAAAAGGUUGUUAUCCAGCCGAAGUUCUAAAAGAUUUAAACUGCCAUAAAUUUGUAUUUUGUGCAAAUUUUGCGCUAUUUUUUCAACUUUGAGCUAGAAUAACGACAAACUGACCAGUAAAUUGAAUAUAACAGUUUAAUUGACCUUUCUAUAGUUUUGUUUAAGCUUUCCAAUAAUGUAGGUUACAUUUGCCUAAAAAUGAUUUCAAAAUUUGAACAUUCUGUCCACAAUGGUUUUCUAUAGGUAGAAGUAAGAAAAACUCGAUUUUCACCAUGUUCCACCGAAGGGAUUUUUUUUAUUUUUAGUAUGUUAAUCAGGACACCUUCUCUCACGUUUUACCACUGAAAAAAAUGCUAUUGCAAUUUCUUUGACCUCUGGUCACAGAUUUACUGGACUAUAACGGCAUCACGGAAAUAGAGCAAUUUGUCGACUGUUAGCUACUUAAGAUCUUGAAGUAAUGGGCUUACAUGAUUAUAUUUCUUAGCCUCCUCCACAGGCAUCUCACUGAGGAAUCGGGUGGUGAGAAAAAGUUUGGUGAGAUGCCUGCCAUAAAUCGACACAAAAAUUUGCACUGCGCAUACCGGCUAGCGCAUGCAAAUUUCGACAAACUCAAACUUAGGGGGAGUAGGAAGGGCUUACGGCAAGGAGUGAAGAAAAUUUUGUUUUCAACACGAUGGCUUACAAGACGAGUAAAACUGUAAAAUUAACGAAUAAUCCUGCUCUUUAACAUUGCAAACACAGAGGGAACUUUGAGUAAGGAGCUGAGAAUGUUAUCGUGAGCCGAGGCAGCGAUUUACUGGGAUUGUUUAGAGACAACGAGUGACUUUGCAGAGCAGUGAAUUCACGUUGUCGUCGACUCAUGUCAAGACGAGGUUUCAAUUGAAAGUUUAUCGUUGAUAUAUACAAAUUUCUAUUCAAAUUGUUGACGACAUUUUAUAUCAUAAUAAGCUGACAGUGCAGUGAUUUAGUCGAAAUUAUAACACGAAAAGGAACGAUCGAAAAUUGUCAAUAUAAAUGUAAAUUCAACUGUUGACAUCUGUGACUGUGCCUGUGUAGUAAAUAUAUAAACACCUCUUGUCUUGUUUUAAUACGCUUGUAUGGAAAGAAAUCAUUAAUAAAAGUCUUAAACAAAUAGCUUUCUUAUUGUGGAAUACACUGUGCAAUUUAUCCCUUGGUCCCUUGGACAAAGACAAAGUUUUCAAACUUGAGUGUCUCAGAUGUGGCGAAAAUUAGCAAAAGCUUUCUUAAAUCAGUGGCCCUGUUAUAUAUAUGGGUGUGAGUUAUGUAGACAUAAGGGAAAAGACAACUGGAAUUUAAUAAGAAUCUAAUAGUUUUCCAAGUGACGGUUUAUGUGGUGCAACAGGGUAUAAAGACAUGUCUUAAUAACAUUUGCCUUGGAUUUGUUAAUUAACCAAUGGAGGCAUUACAUUCCAUUUUGCUUGCCAAAGUUCACAGACAAAAUAGUUACAUGGGUAAAAUCCAUUUUGCAAGGCAAAUUUCCCUAUAACCAUACAAACAGUCACUGAGGAAACUUCCCAGUGAUAGACGUGUUUUCAGGGAUGGAUCUAGCAUGAUCUGGUAGGAGGGGUGCUCUCCCAGCUCUGGUGUCGAGUGACUCGAGUUGUGUCAUGUGUGCAGCCCGCCCAUUAACAUACAGCAACAGCAGUAUUCUGACAGUUUGGCAAAACAACCUCCAUGCGGUACAAGUGUACUGUGUACAAUAUCUCAUUUUGUCUCUAAUAUUUUUUGCUUUAUUAUGAAAAAUAGCACACACCCCUGGCCAGGGCUAGGGAGGGGGGUGUGCACCCUCCCCCCAGUAAAUCCAUCCCUGCAUGUUUUGCUAUUAAUUGUUACAUUACAACCACCCAAAAGUCUUUCAAUGGUGGCUAUAUAUUAAUUGUAAGCUGUGAAGCUUUAGAUUAACCCAUUGUCUGCACUCUCCCCUGGAGUAGCAAAAUUGUCUGAUGUUAGACAGAGUAAAAGCAGGGGCGUGACAACAAGAACUUGUUGUGGGCCCCUGGCAUUGUAGGCUCUUACAUGAUACAUGCCGAUCUAGAUUUGUUAUGGGAGAUACAUAUAAUAUUUAUGUUUAAAUUAAUAAAUUUUCAAAGCGGUUCCCAGCAGCCUUUCGCGCUCGUAUUCGACUAUUCCGUUUUGCUCGUGGACAACCUUAAUUGAAAUAGCUGUAUACCUGCUGUUUGUUGAUGGGCUAUUGUCGUUAAAAGUUCAACUAAAUAAUUCACAAAAGAAUGUAUGCAUCAACAGCUGUAAACAAUGAUAAUGCAGGCAUAUGUAAACCAGGCUUAAGAUGCCAACAAAAUCUUGAUUUUUGUAGGCCUAGUAAUCAAAUUUCUGUAGUUGAUAUUUCCAAGUUGUUAUCUCGCCUCACUUAUUGAAAUGGUUGCUUCAACAGAAAGAUAUUUUCCUUUUAUAUAUCAAUUCACUUAACAUGUUGCCAAAUGUCUGAUGAUUUGACUAAAAUUAGUAAAAUAUCAUCAAAAUAUCAAUCCCUUCAUAUAAAUAAACAUGCCAAAAUAAUAUUACAGAAAACCAUAUAAUUUAAUAUAAUCCCUUUAUUAAACAAAUUAUACCUUUCCUAUCGUUCCAUUCUUCGAAAUUAUGCCAGAUAAUUUCCUCAAAUUGUUUGUUCCUUGGCUGUCGGCUGAACAAUCGAGCGGAACUCUGAACCCAUACAUUCAUUACAGUAUAGCCUAAAUACAUUGUAGACAUUGUAAACAUUUGGGUCAUUUGGCUGCUUCGAGCGAGCGAUUCAAAAUUUGCACGUCGUUUUUAGACCGCGAGAGCCAUUGCGAUAUAUAAUCCUUUCAAUUGACCACUAAGGUGCAUUGACACGUCCAUUUUGUACGAUUUAUGGCAGGCCUCUCUUACAGAAAUUUUUUUUUUCAAAACACAUUCGCAGGCUAAAACCCAUAGAGAGGCCUGCGGAGGAGGCUAAUUCCCACGGGUGUUGAUAUUUAAGAAAUAGAAAACAUUUUCCGUGUUUCUAUAGAGUUAUAGAAACACGCGUGAAAAUUUGGUUAAAACCUAUAGUAAACAUGAUUAAAAACGUGAUUAGUAAACAUGAUUAAAAUAUCUUACCUUGGUAAACAGUCAAACAGAUACAACGUGUGCUAUUAUACUUUGUGCUUUAGGUCUUCGCUUUCUAAGUUAGCAAAGUGUUGCCUUUUUUUUGUAACGGUUCUUCGGCGUUUCGGGACGUUUUUAACUUUUUUCAAAAUUAAAUAUUGUUUGUAUUUUGUCUUUUAAACUCCCAUGCAACCCGCGUGAAAAUUCCCCGUGUUUCUAUCGAGUUAUAGAAACACGGGUUUUUUGAGCUUUUGACCAAUCAGCGCCCGUGUUUUUAAAAGGCUAUUUUAUAAAACUGUAUAUCAAUACGGAAAAAUGUUUUAUAUUAGUUUUAUAAUAUAGCACAAAGAAAUAUAUGAAGAAAGAAAUUUUCCGACGUUUUCGUGUUGACAUUGAGUUAUCAACACGGAUCUUAGCCAAUCAGCGUUCAGAAUUUACAAAUAUUAUAUUAUAAAAUUGUUUAGCCAAAGUUGUUCAAAACAUGGUUUGGAAACUCCGCUAAAGUUUUUGUUUUAUCUUUUUGAUCGCGUUUAUACUGUUUUGUGCACGGUGCACGGUCAAUGAACACAUUGUAUUUCAGUAUAUUGAACGAAUCAUCCAAUAGCAACGUUUCAGUUCAGUCGUUCAACCAUGUUAUUUAAAUAUUAACUAGAAAAUACAUGCAUGCAGAAACCCUCGCCUUGCUGACAAAACCAUUGUAUUUUCCGAACAUGAAGUAUCUAAAGUAGUUGUCGUGGUAACACGAUAAUUUUUUAAGAAUAUUCUUACAAAUGAAAACUCGCCUAAAAAUAUCACUUUUAAUUACAAAAUUAUCAAUUUCCCAACAUAUAUAUGUUAGGUAUGUUAUUAUACGUAAUAUAAGCUUCAACUUAAGGUAAAAUUCAACCACAAACGCUUCGCAAAACGCUUUAAAAUGUUCUUUAUAAAACUAAACUACCUUUAAUUAAAUGGCUUUAUCGAUAAACUUUGAGUUUGCAAUAAAAUGAUUUCAAAUUCUCGCAUGCAAGUAAAUUUACUUUCUUUUUUUAUUUAAAAAAUUCAGUAUAAUAAAAAAGGAAAUCAGUACUAAAGAUAUACUGAAAUUAUAUGCUGUCUUGUUGAGUUGUUUCAUAUACGGCAAAGGCCGUCGGGUUUUAAAGCAAUUAUAAAAUCAAUAUUUAAAACAAACUUACCUUCGUUAACGUAGGCUCCCUUCUUUUAGCCGAUUCUUUCGCCCUUUCUUUCUGAGAAUGCGUUUGAAAUUUACAAAAUCUUGCAAAAAUGCGAGCAAAAAUGAAAUAUAUCUGCAAGAAAUUUAUCAAUCAUCAAAUCAAGAAAUGUUUGCUAUUUCGCUGUCGUCAUGCAGUCGUUAUAAUGCAAACUUUAAAUUGGACCAAUCAGUGUCCGCUAUUCACGACAGUCCGCCAUAUUUUUGAGAUCAGUGAGGAUGACCACACACCCAACACUCCAACACUCCAACACCGUUGGUGACCCACGCCCACGAUCAUUGAUGAACUUUAGACUUCGCUUUGAUAUAAACUUUAUGCUUUCGUUUCCCCGGGUGUAAAUAGCCUGGGGGAAUUAGUACCCUCGCACGGCGCCUCGCGCCGUCGGCUCGGGGAUAAACCUAAAACAAAGGAUGUGCACGGUGUAAGGUACGGUUCAACAUAAACACACAGCUCAUUAUAACCGCUUUGAAGUUUACUGAUUUUCCAGACCAUGUCUCGAAAGACUAUGGUUUAGCAGAGGUGGGAUAAACAAGAUUUCAAUUUUCAAAAACAUAUAUUUGAAAAAUCGUUUCAUAGAAUGUGCUUUAAAGCAAUUUUUGUUUGAAGAAGUGUGAAGUGAUUAACUAUGGAAAAUGGUGAAAUAAUUGGCAAGUUUGUUUUCAAUGUUUAUGUUUUCAUAUGUUGUUGCUUUAAUCUUUUGCCCAAAACAUGCAUGGCUUUCCUUUUGAAUGAAGCUGUAAGUUUCCUAAAUUAUUCAAGUUUAAUUUAAGAAAAAGAACAAAAUGUGAAGGAGACCAAACUGAAAUUCCUCAAAAAUUUGAACUUAUUCAGUAUAUACAGAAAAUAAAAACAGUUUAUCAGCAAAAGCAGUUUUAAUGGUUGAAUGAACAUUUCAAAAUGACCAUAAAAACGACCAUAUUUAACUGUAAUGGUAAAAAUCGGUAAUUCUAGAAUAUUUACAAUAUUUGGUGUUUAAUAUUAUUUCAGGUUUUUGAAGGAAUACUCAGGGUGAGUGAUUUGUACUUGCAACUUUGUGAAGUUGGCGAGAUCAGCAACCUAACAUGGAAAACCAAAUUUCGGUGCAGUAAAAUCGAAGGCUGCAGAGAAGAGUUGUUGGACAACAUUGAUAAAACCUGUGAAACAAUGGAAAACAAGUUGAAGCAAUGGAAGAAAAAUAUAAAUGGUGAAAGACACAAGUGCUAUUCGUUAAACCAUUUUACAAUGAAACAGAUUUUGAAUUUGAGAAAAGAGUUAGCAAAAGCUUGCAUUGGCCUGGUGGCGAUGGACGAACUACCUUUACAGACUUUUAUGCUCCUAGAAGCUGUUAACAAGGCUAUUGAUCCUUUGCUUCUUGCAAAUGUUUUAAGAAAAAUGAUACCUGAGAAUUCGAUAUUUUUGACAGAGGAAGGUUUUAAAGAUGAACAAAAAUAUUUUGCAAAUGACACAGGAGGUGAGGAAAUUCUGUUGGAAAAUGUCGAAGAAGAAAUAGAUGUGAUUCAGCCAAUCAUGCGAAAACGGAAGAAUUCACUUGAAACAUUUACUGCUGCAAAAGAAACUCUUGAGGGUAUGUCCAUGAAUUAUAGUGAAGAAUAUUUACUAGCUGCUUUAGAACAUUGCGGUCGGCGUGCAACAGAGGAUGAACUUGUUGCCUGGGUUGCCUCUGAUGAUUAUGAUGAAGAAACUGUUACAAUGUUGUGUGAAAAAGCUAAGAAAAACCCACGUUUGUCAGAUCUGGUGAAAGAUGUCUUUGGUCCGGAAUUCCAGGCUAUAAAUGAUGAAGAAACAUUUUUGUGUAAUAUGACUGCAAAUGAAACGUAAGUUUGUUUCUAUUUCGUCUGUACAGGAAACAAAGUAAGAAAAAUUUAUGGCUGCCAUAUUCUUGAGUAAAGUAAAUUAAUUUGAUGUGAGAAUACAGGUGUUCCGCUUUCUUUUUUAGUUUUUUAGCUUUUGAAAUUCGCAACAUGUUUGAUCACGCACAUUAACCACUAAUUUCCACACAGUUGGCAACAGUGGAAUUUUAAGAAUUAUGUUCUCCAUUAAGCAAGAAAUGGAAAUAUUAUUUUCAAUUUCGAACCUUUUUUCGAAUAUGUAAUAUGUAACAUGUAACAUGUUUUAUAUUUUACCUUAACUUCGUAUUGUCCAAUCAGGAAGCUCAGUUUGUGGCACGUGAGCAUGAUAUCAAUCGCGAUAUCACGCCUUACGUCAUCAAUUAGCCAGCCUGCGUUCCUUUUGACAAUGUUCCACCCAUGUUUCCCGGGGAAAAUGGGGUUGAACAUUAUUCGCGUAGACCACGCGAGACAACACGCAUAACAACAAGAUGGCCGACAAAAUAAAAAUAAGGAGUGAUGAAUACUUAAAUUGUAAACGCCUGUUUUUUUCUUCUAAAUUUUAAAGCAAAUUUUGAAAAACGUUGUCAUUAAUAUUCCAAACGAUAUGUGAUUCGGAAGAAAAGCGACAAUACAGUACUAUUCAGAAGUAACCUAAUGAAAAACGCGUUUUAAACCCAUGCGUUCCAGGCGCGUUCCGGAACGCAUUCGGCGAGACCUUCCUUGCACUCGCAACAAGAACAAAGAGUCAAAGACAAGUACACUUCAAUUCUUCUUUUUGUCAGGCACGAUGUUUUGUUGAACAUCCAGAUUUAUUGGGACUUUGUUUGUGUUUAGCAAAACCACAUAUUCAUUUGGUACUAGAAAAUACACGCAUGCAGAAACCCUCGCCUUGCUGACAAAACCGUUGUAUUUUCCGAACAUGAAGUAUCUAAAGUAGUUGUCAUGGUAACACGAUAAUUUUUUAAGAAUAUUCUUACAAAUGAAAAUCGCCUAUAAAUAUCACUUUUAAUUACAAAAUUAUCAAUUUCCCACGUAUAAUUACAUACCUAACACAUAUAUCUUAAUACAAGCUUCAAUUUAAGGUAAAAUUCAACCACAAACAAUUCACAAAACGUUUUAAAUUGUUCUUUAUAAAACUAAACUGCCUUUAACUAUUAAAUGGCUUUAUCGAUAAACUUUGAGUUUGCAAUAAAAUGAUUUCAAAUUCUCGCUUGCAAAUAACUUUGCUUUAUUUUUUAUUUAAAAAAUUCAAUAUAAUAAAAAAGGGAAUCAAUAUUAAAGAUACACUGAAAUUAUAUGCUGUCUUGUUUAGUUGUUUCAUAUACGCAAAGGCCAUCGGGUUUUAAAGCCAUUAUAAAAUCAAUAUUUAAAACAAACUUACCUUCGUUAACGUCGGCUCCCUUCUUUUAACUGAUUCUUUCGCCCUUUCUUUCUUGAAAUUUACAAAAUCUUGCAGAAAUACGAGCAAAAAUGAAGAAUAUUUGCAAGAAAUUUAUCAAUCAUCAACUCAUCAAAUCAAGAAAUGUUUGCUAUUUCGCUGUCGUCAUGCAGUCGUUACAAUGCAAACUUUAAAUUGGACCAAUCAGUGUCCGUUAUUCAUGACAGUCCGCCAUAUUUUUGAGAUCAGUGAGGAUGACCACCCAUCGUUGGUGACCGACGCCCGCGCUCAUUGAUGAACUUUAGACUCCGCUAAUGCUUUCGUUUCCCCGGGUGUAAAUAGCCGGGGGGAAUUAGUACCCUCGCACGGCGCUUCGCGCCGCCGGCUCGGGGAUAAAAGUUUGCUUGUCAGUAACACGAACGAAACGGGAUCGAAGCAAUGUUGUUUCUGUCCGGAGAUGAAUAGUGCAAGGAUAUCCAGAGCUUAGCAAGUAUAUUGUAUACAAUAUACAAUGUACAAUGUGCAAUGUACAAUGUACAAUGUAAAAUGACAAUGUACAAUGUACAAUGUACUAGGGGUUUCCACAAGUUGCUCGGCACCUUUUUGGCAACUUUUCAAUUGAUGAAUAACUUUUGUUUUAAACGGCAACUUUUGUAUCUUGGAGCAACUUACAAGUUACAAAAGUUGCCGUUUAAAACAAAAGUUAUUCAUAAAAUGAAAAGUUGCCAAAAAGGUGCCGAGCAACUUGUGGAAACCCCUACAAUGUACAAUGUACAAUGUACAAUGUACAAUAUACAUUAUACAGUAUAAUAAUAUACAAUAUAACAAUAUACAUAGAUAAUAGAUAGCUUAAGAUCUACGACGUCGACGUCAGCUAGGACGUCAGGGCUUAGCAGAGGACUGGGACUAGGACGUCGUCCUAAAUAAAUAAACUUCCACUUAAGAUUCACGACGUAGACAUUUUAACUAUAAAUAUUUACAUUCUUUUGAAAAUGAUUUUUAAAGAGACACAUUAAUUCAUUACCGUUUGCUAUGCUCUUGUAUCCACGACGGUAAAACUGUUGUUGUGAGGUUGUCGACGUUUGGUGGACGACGAGCAAAUUGAGAGAGACACAUGCACACUUCAAAGACUUUAAAAACUAUUACCAAUUUACUUCCGCUUGCCGUCCUAAAUAUUUGACAUCGUAGAUAUUGAGCUAUCUAUUUAUUUAGGACGACAUCCUAGUCCCAGUCCUCUGCUUAGCCCUGACGUUCUAGCUGACGUCGACGUCGUAGAUCUUAAGCUAUCUAAUACUACAUAUGUGCGCGGAAAUAGCAGAUUUAUUUCGAGUGUUGAACAUGAUAUCUCAAGAGUGAGCGCAGCGAACGAGUGAGAUGUCAUGUUCAACACGAGAAAUAAAUCUGCUAUUUCCAAUAUAAAGGACAGUCUUUGAAAAGCGAUAAUUUUUACAGAAAAGCGAUAAUUGAAAAUCGAUAAUUUUCACAUGUGAAAUUAGUUAGAGACUUAGAGUUAAACACCGAGGGCGGAGGUAUUUAGUCAGGGAUGUAUAUGACUAAACACCGACGCUCGAGGUGUUUAACUAACUUAUUUCAUGAUCCUGGAGGUUUUAUUCACAAAACAACUCUUACGCUUGUGGGACGUAACACAAGGUUGAGCAUGCGCAGUAUAUACGCUUUAAUGUGGUUAAGCAUGCGCAAUCUUACCAAUAUAUAUAUUAUUUUGCAUCCCACAAGCGAAACGCCAAAUAUUAUUGCUGCCGAAGGCAGCACACUAUUCUUCACCAGUCCGUUUCCAGUUCGCGAAUUAUAUGCAGCCAAGAAGUCAAUUUGGGAUGUUUGUACAUACGGAAAGAUGAUCAGAUUUAUGACGUUUUUUGACGUCACAGAAAGUUUAAAAAAUAUAACAUACUCCAGAGCGCGAUUUAACUUUCCGAAUACACUAGUCGAAACUGGCGAACAGCACCGUGGACCAUGACAAUUUGUAAACACGUUGCUGUACGAAUAGUAAAUGGGCUCUGGCUGUUUAUCGAAAUAUUUCGAAAUCCUUUUAAUUAAAUUUCAAGGUAAGAUGAAAGUUUGAUCACAAAUAACAAUGUGUUUUGGUCGAUACGCGCUGAAACUUGAAGCGAAUGAAUUAACUGUAUUUAAAUUAUUACAUUUUUAGGUGCAUACAAACUUCAUAGUAAACAAGUCAACAAGUCACUAGUACAAGUGGACUUCGUCACUUCGUCCAUAUUUAUCAGUUUGUAUUAUGAGAAAAGUCUGAUUGAGCUUGAUCGUAGGCUUGAUGAAACAUCGUACUUCUAAGGGAUAAAUAAUCACAGUGAUUGUUAUUUUGGCAAUAUCGAUUGAGCAGUAUCGUAAAAUUGUCUGACUUGUACAAAGAUAUUCCUAUAGCAACCCAGUGUGGAUUGUUGUCUGCACAUAUUAACUUACCAGCAGUUACAUGUAUAAAUAACAUGUCAAGUUGUCAACCGACUUUUGUAAAAAUAUAUCUCUGAGAUAUGUCCAUUGUUUAAUAGCAUAAUAUGAAAUAAUCCUACCAGCCUACAUUUAUAUAUUUACCUGACUGUCACUAAAGUACUCUGUCUCAGAGUACACUAUAUUUUUUGAUAAUGCUCACAAUUGUAUUAUAUAGUUUUGCAGUUCUGACUGAGUACAAUCUUAGGGGCUGAUUACAUGGAGAGUUUUCGAUCACCCCGGUCUGAGUUUCAGCCCGGUUAAACUAGCCUACGGUGUAGACCCCAGCAGAAACACGUUUCGUGAAGGGUCUACGAAUAAACGAAGAAAAGCUUGCCCGGCCUACGUCAUAUCCGUUUUACGUUUUGGAUAAAUUAACUUCAAUUUAUUCAAAUUUCUGAAGCGUGCGUAAAUGUAAAUUUUUAUUUGACGCUUAUUAAAAUGUUCCAUGGCGGGCAUUGUGCAAUACAAUUGUCAAAUGUGUUAUUUGCUUCAAAGUCCCGUCGAAUAAAAGCGAUAUUAAUUUCUUGGACAGCAAGGAGAACAUACGUAAGGAGUCAGACGACCUUUCCUUCUCCAUUUCACCUACUAAUAGCAUUUAUAAAGCGUGCCUGGCGUUGGUAAACAAACGGUGAAACGGAGAAGCUUCAAAGAACGGUUUAAUAUGUAAGCUAGACAAUACGAUAACGAACGUGUACGAAACAGCAUUAAACGCUAUUGGUAUACCGCUUAAAGUAAAGCGAAAUGUCGCGAGGAAACUGGGAUUCGAGCCGACUUGCGAUAAAACGUUUAUGCCGGCUACAUUUAGUGUGAAUUGGACUUUGUGUUCGACUUCAGAAAUUGGAUGUCUUGACAAGCUUCAAGCCUUCAACAGCCUAACAGUUUGUACGAAUGACAAGAACUUUUUAGUCCGUUUGGACAUGUGUUUAAUGGUUGGGUAUAUAUAUAGUCAGGGUAUAUUUUAUUGCGCAAAGCCCGCCAUGGAACAUUUUAAUAAGCACCAAAUGAAAAUUUACAUUUACGCACGAUUCAGAAAUUUGAAUAAAUUGAAGUUAAUUUACCCAAAACGUAAAACGGAUAUGACGUAGGCUGGGCAAGCUUUUCUUCGUUUAUUCGUAGACCCCUCACGAAACGUGUUUCUGCUGGGGUCUACACCGUAGGCUAGGUUAAACGAGCUGAAAUUGCAUCACGAUUACAUGAGCAGUUUGAGCCCGGGCAGAGUUUAGUCAGAGGCUCAGAGCUAUAUUUAUAGUCAACCCGGGCUGAGGCUGCAUGAGAUAAUUUGAGUGUCAUGAAAUAAGACAAUAAGCCUGUUAUGCUUCUUUGAAGCAAUCAGACGCUGAUUAGUCGACUAUUUGACUUGUGUGCAUGAGACUGUGGUUAUAUGUAAAGUAUUUAAUAAAGAUGAAACAAACAUGCAAAAUAAAGCCAUUUAAAUGGUUGUUUUUUUAGCCCGGGCUGAAAUUAUUUGCGAUUGCCCGGGCUGAAACUCUCUCCAUCAAGCACUAGCAGAUUGUUCAGUUGUUUUGCAAUAGGCGUAGCCUUGAAGGUGUCAUUAUUGCAUUAAAAUAAUAAUUGGGACAAAAACUGACUUAAUAUUUCGAUAUAUAGAAUUAUUAUUAAAUUCUACAUGUCCAAUGAUUCAUUCAAGUAUUAUUAUUGUUUAUAUAAUAUAAUAUGAUUUUGUACAGUAUUCAGUGGUAGGCUAGCUACAUGAAUGGCAACUGGUUAUGCCACGCCAAUAAACCUGCAUGUAUUUGAAUAAUGCAAAUCAAUAAAAACUUUCAUAGCAUGACCUGUUGCUAUGUCAGCUUCACCACUGACAGUGUUUUAAAUAGUACAUACAAAAGCAAGAAGUUAUAAGCAUUGAAUGUAUUCAUAUGCAUUUAGCUGACCUUUCCACUUUUCCUGUUUACAUGACAGAGACGGAUUUUCAUAUUUUCGUUCGGGGGGGGGUGGAUAAAUAUCUGGGGGGUGCUGCUGCUUGCUUUGGCCGGGGCGUGGUGGCAACGCCCGGAAAGGCCAAGGAAAAAAUUUAACAAAAUUUGUUUUCUAGGCCUGCAUGGCGAGAUCUGAGACCAUAAUAUUGGUAAUUUUAUAAAUUUAUAGUAGUAAGAAUAAUCAAAUAUGAAACUAUCAAAUCAAAAUAUAUGUAAUUUGCGGGGGUACCAAAUGUCUUUGGGGGGGGGGGGGUGUAAAUCAUUUCUUGGGGUGCGCCCCCCCUCCCCCCAGAAAAUCUGUGCCUGUUACAUGAUGGAUGGUGGGAUGAUUUUUUAUGUAUUGGAAUAUGUCACUAGACUAACAAAAGUUCAAAUGCUUGUUAACAGAACUCAAAUAUUGUAGAGAAGAUCUUGUAGUUCAAGAAGGUUAUAAUUGCUACUUUUGUUUACAGUUAACUAUAAUCUACUGUAUCUCUAGAAAAAUGUUUUUUGCUGAAUUGUGCACUGUGACUCAUUUCAAUACAUCAAAAUCAUCCUGCCUCAUUUCUCGUCCUGGCGAAGCGGGAUCGUAUAAACAACCCCUUUUCAGCAAAUUGCGCAUGGUGUCAUCCCUUGGUGGUGAGGCAGCAUUUUCCUUGCGAUAGUAACUUCUAGUUUUAUAAAUUGAUAGAGUGCGAACACGUUUGCAGUUUGCUUCUCGCGCCGUAUGAUCGACACUCUUACUUUUAUACGUAGAGUGUGACGGGCCUGAGGCACAACCGGCCACCGCAGAGGAGAGAUAUACAGAGACGAAUCUCGCGGCAAAUUAUGUCACACCGUUUAAUAAAUAAACUUUAAAAUUAUAUUAAUUCACUAUUUUAUUAAAUUUUGAUAAUACAUUGGAAUAAAACUAUACAUAUUAUAGAAGUAUUCAUGUUUUUUAUGCGAGAGUUAUGUUUUGAGGAAUUUAUAUCAUUCGCUGUUUUGUUAUUUAUACAUGAGCAUCUGAAAUUCCCAGCAAGUGUAUUUCACGAUUUUAAUAAGGAGUAGAUAGGGUAAAAAACAAACUUUUGCUAAAUAAAAUGUUAUGUUAACACUUUUAAUAAAAAUAAAUCAAUAAAAGUGAUCGCUUACCGCUUUCUGAAAAAAGGUAUCAAUUUCCCGUGCGUAAUACAAAAUGACUGAAAAACGGCAAACUUCGCAGGGCUAUAUUAUCCGCAUUUUACAACAUUUCGCAACGAAACUUCGGAAUAUUACUAAUUUUGUGAUGCUCUUUCAAGCUGUGGUGAAAUGUUUGUCUAGACGUGUCUAGAUCAAAAUUUUGUUCAUUGGGGAAUAGGUCCAUUGAGAUAUCUUUAGGAUACAAUUGCAAAAUUGUUUUAUAAAAAAGAACUGCCGGCUUUUCCCAUCAGUCGAGAUAGUUUUUGCUGUUUGUUUGAAGUAAACGCUUGAGUAAACGUUAAAGUUUCGAAGUUUUAAAUAAGUUUUAAAUUGUCAGUGAAUAUGUUUGACAAAGUAAAAUAAUAAAAGAAUCCUACCUUUCAUGUUAAAUACAACAUUUUGUACUUUUUUCGUUUUCAAUAUUUCGUCGAUUUUGAAACCAAAUUUGCCGUCAGAUGUACUAGUCAUCUAGCCAAUCAGAACGCGUGAAAGCCAUUUCAUAUGCCAAAUUUAUACUAAUAUACAAUGUACAAUCUAAAAUAUAUAAUAUACAUUAAUAACAUCAUUACAUCAAUGUUAAUAUGCAUAUUCAUUUUAUCUCUAGGGAAAUUGAAAGGCCACAAAUUGUCCUAAAACCAUACGUGAAUAACGAAGAAGAUACUUAUCUCACGUUGGAAAUUCUAGCUGCUCUUUUGGAUAGACUUUCAGAAUCUGGUAGAGUAUUAUUUUAAGGCCGUAUACAUUCAAUAAACCUGGAAGAUAGCAUGCAGUUAUGUGAUGGUCGAACUGUAAAACUACACUGAUGUUUUUAGUUCUUAUUUAAAAUUUUAAUGACAAUAUUUGAUCAAUUUCUUUCAUUGUGUUUGAUAUAUACAUUAUACAGGAUAUAAAUCUAUAUAUACUACUUGACAACCAUGCAAUAUAGACUUUCUAAUUUAAAGGUAAAAUUUAUUUGCAAAACAUUGGGUAUUGCGAUUUUGUUUGACAAGCAAGACAAAAUUUGGAGCUAGAAUAUCCCCUUGUUAAAAUUACAUGCAGACUUUCAUACUUUCUUACAUACAGUGCAGCAGGAAUAUUUAACAUGCAAUUAGUCGCCGAAGGCCAGGUGAUUAGGCGACUGAAUCCUGAGCCAAAGGGAAAGUGAAUAUUUAUGAUUUAUAGACCCUCCGCUCGGGGGAUUCGUCAAAACAUUACCCUCAGUGAUGAUAUGACCGAAAGUUACAGAACCCACUAACUGACAAAGUUCAGAAUAUUAAACUUUAAAACUAUAAAGCGAAUACAAUUUUUAAUUUCUUAUGUAUACCUGUGUUUUUGACGUUUUCUUUUUAAAAUAUUUGAGCAUGUAUUCUUGGGAUCAUUGAAGGUAACAUACGUCUUGAAAAUCUUUGGUUAAAUCAAUAAAUCUUCUGUACAAAAUUACAAACAACAGCUCGCGAACGCCAUAUUGUUUCAGAGCGUGGCGUUCCCGCGUCACGCGUGAGAUACUAUAAUAUCCCACGGUGGUCGGUGGAUCUACCGUGGAUAUUAGGCUAUAGUAUCUCACGCUGCAUUGCGAAAUCUUUAAUUGAGUGAAAUGCCGUAAAAAUCACAUUGUCACGUGGUACAAAUGAUGUUUUCUCAUUGGACAAUUUGAAUUUGAGGUAUAAUAUAUGCUUGUAAUCACUGGGGCGACUAAUUGUUUUAGGAAAAUUUCAGUAUUGAAGAAGUUUUAUUUAUAAAUACAACUAUUGUAUACGUGUUUAUGAAUAUAAUUUGCAUAAAUAAUUUACUUCCGUCUGAUUUUCAGCUUUUUGGUGGAAAACCAAUAUAGUUACUGCUCGGGGCAAUCUGAGCAGUAACUAUUGCCUCAGUUACUGCAGAGGGAGCCAAUCAGGACGCUCAAACGCUAUUUUUUCAAUACUGAAAUCAUACUAAAAUCUGUUAGUUAUGAAUUUUCAUAUUUUAAGUUAUGCGUUGAUUGCUUUCAAUCACCGUUUUCUUUAUUUCCAUAUAGAAUCGGACUAUGUUCGGCGGCAGUUACCAUCAGUCUUAAAAGAAGGUGAACCUAACUUGUUACUUGUUCCAAAAGGUAUGUAGCAAAAUAUGCAUUUUCAAUCCUUCAAGUGUUAAUAAACCUUUCUUAUUCUAUUGAGCCGGUUUUAUUUGUCUGAAAUAGCAUAAAGCUGGAAAUUUUAUUUAGAAUUUUGGUUUGUCUUUGAGCAAUUUUUCCAUAAAAUCUGAAAUAUUUUAUAACCCUCAAGAAAUGGAACAAAUGCCGAAAUAUACAGAAAAAUUUGAACACCCUUUUUUGGAACAACUAUUUGAUGACAAUUUUCAUUUAAAUAUAAAUUUUCAGUAAUUCAUAAAAUUGGUUAUUUGUUGAUGGUUUUAAGACUUUCUGGUAACUCACAUGCAGUUAUUAACAAUUGGCGAAAAUUUGAUAAAAAUUGGACAAAUUAUUCCCUGAAGAAAGUCUGAAAAGGUUUACUUUAACCUAUGUAUUCCUAGUAUAGUCUUCUAAUCUGCGCAGUAUGGCAUUUUUGCGCAGGUUCUUUACUUAGAGUUCAAUUUAGUGUUAAUGAGAGUGAAUACUGCAAGUUUGGAAACUUACCACUUUCAUAAAGACCUGAACUAAAUAUUUUGUAUGCAGUGAACUGAUAAUUAACACUUAUUUACUGGGAGCGAGGGAAACAGUAUGUUUUGUGGCCCGAGACUGUCGAUGUUUCCGACGGAAACUGAAGCCGAGGGAAACAUCGACCGUCGAGGGUCCACAAAACAUACUGCUUUCCUGAGGUCCCAGUAAAUAAGUAUUUUAUUAUAUAUCAAUAGUCAAAGAAACAACGAAUUAAAGAACAAAUGAACGCGUAAUUAGAUGAAAUAUUUUAUUGUUAAAAUGUUAAAUUAAACAUUGCAGUUAAUUAAAGCGAAAGUUCAGAUUGUUUUAUCGCAUCUUCACGUGAUGGCGCACGUGAUUUUUGUUUCGUUUUUCGCCGGUCGAUAACGUAUUAUCUCCCUCGCACGCUGUUGCGAAGGAGACAGCCUAAUUUCGUCGCUCUUACGUGAUAUGCUCUCGACCAAUAAAACACCAGAUCCGACUUUGACUAUAGGUAUAUAAUAAUCCUUCUUUAAUUGGCGUCGUUCGGGUUCUAUAAUUGUGUUAAAGUUUAAUCCUAGAUGAAGUGCUUGUAAGAGAAGUCGAGUAUAGGAUUUGACUGUAACUAUAUCCUAGAGUCGCUCCCCGUCUAUUGAACACAACAAUUAGUAUUGGACAUGCACAGAAUUGUUUCGCAAAUAUCAAAACUUAAACGAUUAAACUCAGAUUAAUGUGGAAGCAACAAUAGUUGAAACGCGAUGUAAGUAGAAGGAAAGUUUGCGAAUAAGUUUGUGAAAAAGUUAAUAGGGAAAUUGGGAAUUGAAAUAAAAAUUAUUAUUAUAAAUUCUUUUAUAAUGAUCAUGCAGCAAGAAAUAUAUUUAUUAAGUGCCUGUUAGCCAUCAUUCAAUGAUUUCAUAAUUAAAUCUUAUAUUAGGUUACUAGACAAAUACUAAAAUAUUUUCUUACCUUACUUAUGUAAAUGAAAAGAGUUUAACUGCAAUAGAUUUAUGAGAUGACGUACAACAGGAAGUAGAGAAGGAAUUGCGAUGCACUUGACAUUGAAAAAUCAUUGUGACAAUGUCAUAAAUAUGUGGCUCUCCGUUUGUUACUGUAUGAUUGGUGUGUUUUAGGCGAAGUGUUUGGUUGUGUCUUGUCACUCUUCAUGGGUGCUAACGAUCAACCUUUACCAACUGAUGAAGAAGUAAUUGUCUGCGACGAAAAUACCACAGCUGAAGAGGUAGGUUAACCUAAUCAAUAAAAGUUAUAUAAAAAGGCUUUAUAAAUUUUUGAAAUGUUGACGCUGUGUCAGGUUCUAGACCUUAAUGGAAAUUUGAAUUAAACAAAUCAGUCUUUGAUCAUUUGAUCAAAAUUUCACCAAUAGUAUAACUGAUCCAUCGUUGUGCAAGUUUUUUAUACGCAAGAUAUGAUCCCAACUAGCUACCAAACUAAUCCAUAACAGACAAAUACCAAAGAAUAUACGGAGCAAAUAUAACAAUAAUAUAAUAUAACAAUAAUAAUAAUAUAAUAUAACACUGGCAGCCAUGUUAGGCGCAUAACAUAUGACCGUUUUAAUUUGUGUGUCGUACAGGCCACCAGAUUGCUCCCUUGGCUGCUUCAAUGAUGAUUUUAUGCCUACCUAUACCAAUGCACUCGGCAAACCUAUUGUGGUCCUCGGUGAUUUGAAUUCUAACCCACUCAAAACUGGGUUGGACCAUGAUGCCUUAGAUGAGUUCUGUUCUAGCUUAAAUUUGUGCCAGGUUAUAACUGAACGCUCUAGAGUUACUCAGUCAUCGAUCAACUUCUUUGAUAGACGUUUUAUCACUUCCAAUAAAGUCCUUGUGAUAGAGAGUGGUGUCACUAAAACAUGCAUAAGUGAUUACUUUCUUGUUUAUUGUGUCCUGAAUGUCAAAGUGCUUAAACCACCUCCGUUUUAUAUCCAUAUGCGAUCAUAUAAGAACUAUGAUCCGAGUCUAUUUUCAGCUUCAGUGUCCCAAGCUCCGUUUGAUAAUGUAGCUUGUACUGUCGACGUAAAUGGUAAGGUGUCUGCUUUUAACGAUCUGCUUCUUGAAUCUCUUAAAAACCAUGCACUCAUCAAGAGAGCAAAAGUAUAAUUAAUUGAUCAGUUGCUUUUGUUAACAAUGAGAUUAAAGAGGCUAUGAACUUAAGAGAUCGUCUUCAUCGGCAUUUUAGGUCAGAAUACUGCCGAAACUGCUAGUUAAUUAUUAGACGUUGUGAGUGAAAGUAAUUAUGACUCAGCCAUAGCAAUGACGAGUACCAGUGAAGAACUGUUUUACUUUAAACCACUAUGUUGUGAUGAAGUGCGCAAUGUUGUUAUGUCUAUAUGCCAUCUAACAAAGCAUCAGGACCUUACCAGGGGUAGGUAUUUUUCGAGUUAAGCCCUUCGAGUUAAGCCCUCCGAGUUAAGCCCUUUUCGAGUUAAGCCCCUGCCACGCCCUUUUUCGCUGGCGCUCAACUCGAAGUCAAUUAACGAUUUAAGCAUUCGAGUUAAGCCCCGACAUUUGGUGGAUGUAAACAAGUGACGCGUACUGCUGUUUUUUGCAAAAAUAUUGGCAAAUAAGGAGAGAAUGUAAAAUUUCAGCAAUUUAAAAAAAAUAAUUUUACUAAGAUCUCUGUUGCUUUACCUACAGUUUUAUACAGACAAUGAUAUCGUGAAAUGAGAGAUCUCAAUAAGGAUUUGUAAACAACAGCUCAUUCAGGGCGGCAAUUACGGAUUUAAAAAAUAAAUAAUAUAUAGCGGCACUUACAGAACGCAAAUCUUAGACUUAGGCAUGUUCAUAGGGAGCCGUGCUAUCUUAAUUGUAACCGAUCAACUCAGCAACAAGAAGAUCUUAGUAUAGGAAUUUCUUAUUAUGUAAACUCGUUUUAUAAUUUCCGGUGACUAUUUACAUCUUGCCAAGAACCCGUCAGAGGGAGAACAGACAGGAAGAACAGUAAUACCGGUAUAUUAUAAAUGGAUAACAGAUGCUGUAUAUCCACUAAUUACCAACGGCAACUAAUAUAAGCAAUAAACAACGGUAAACGAAACUAAAAUAUGUACUAUUUGGAUGUUCUCAGAGUGAUCAAGGAUGAAGUUCUAGCGUAUGAUGUCACGCUCUAGUAUUGAAGUCCCCUACUUCGGAGAAGAGAUAUAUCUUAGAAAGGUAGCUCGCCUCCCUGUGAACAUGCCUAAGAUUUGCGUUCUGCAAGUGCCGCUAUAUAUUAUAUAUUAUAAAUUGCCACCCUGAAUGAGCUGUUGUUUACAAAUCCUUAUUGAGUUCUCUCAUUUCACGAUGUCAUUGUCUGUAUAAAAGUGUAGGCAAAGCAACAGAGAUCUUAGUUUAACUGCUGAAAUUUUACAUUCUCCUUCCUUAUUUGCCAAUAUUUUGCGAGUAUACACGCGUCACUUGUUUACAUCCACCAAAUGUCGGGGCUUAACUCGAAUGCUUAAAUCGUUAAUUAACUUCGAGGUAAGCCCCCGGCGAAAAAGGGCGUGGCAGGGGCUUAACUCGAAAAGGGCUUAACUCGGAGGGCUUAACUCGAAGGGCUUAACUCGAAAAAUACCUACCCCUACCUAAUUCCUAUGCGGGUUAUUUAGGAUUCUCUACAUCGUAUUUUACCAUCAUAUUUUACCAUCGUUUUAUAUCAUAAACUGUUCUUUCACUACCAGUAUUUACCUUGAAGUUUGGAAAUUUGCUGAAGUUAUACCAAUUUUGAAAGAUGGCGACCAUGAAGAAGCAACUAAUAAUCGCCCUUUGUCACUACUACCUACUUCUUAUCUGUCCCAGAACAAGCGACUUAAUUGUCAUUAAAGUGGCAAUCGAUAUCACUGAAUAGAUUUCAAACUGAAUAUAUAAUUAGGGUCAAAAGCCUACUUAGGGGGUGGGGUACAUUGACACGGCCACAAGGUACAUUGAUACGUCCAUUUUGUUCGAUUUAUGGCAGGCCUCUCUCCCAGAAUAUUUUUUUUCAAAACCCAUUCGCUGGCUAAAACCCAAAGAGAGGCCUGCGGAGGAGACUACCUAACAGCAAAGAGUUUGAAUUUUCCACAAAAUAGCGAAGAACUCUCAGACGUACUGAAAAUUUUUACGCUGAAGCCAGGAGAGCAGACGGGCACCGUACACGAAAAAUUCAUUACGUUCAAUAGGUUUUGGUUCAAAAAGAUAUUUCAAAGCUGUAAUGUAAUAUUGAUAUAACUAGAAGUUAUUAUCGCAAGGAAAAUGCUGCCUCAUCCCCAAGGGAUGAAAGGCAGCAUGCGCAAUUUGCUGAAUAAGGAGGGGCUGUUUGUAUGAUCCCGCUUGCCGGGACGAGAUAUGAGGCAGUAUGAUUUCGAUAUAUUGAAAUAAGUCACGGUGCAUGAUUCAGCAAAACAUCUCAUUAUUUUCUAGAGAUGAAUUAUACUUCAACUUUUGUUUACUAAAUAGCCUGGUGAUUUAUUUCAAUACAUCAAAAUCAUCUUCCAUCAUGCAAAUAGCUCCUAGGACACCUGUUCAGGAGGCAAGAAUAGUUUGAAUAUCAGACACCUUACACAAAGUCGAAGGUCAACUAAAUCCAAAGCCCUGGGGAUUGAUUAUACCAAUAAACUUAAUUUAUUUUAAAUUGCCUUAUACACACUGAAUGAAUUUAUUUUGUUCAAAAAAGUAUCGAAAUUACAACAUGCAAUAAUUACUAGAUGCUGUAAAGUUCCGACUUCGAAAUUUUAUAUUUAUACAAUGUCAUGUUAUUUUAAUUUAGUGCCAAUAUUUGAAACUGACAUUAAAUGUCAUUAAAAAUCAUUGCUUAGUCUUCACUUGUGAAAAUGUCUUGAAGAAAAUAAUUAGGAAGAACAAAUAUGUCUUUUAACGUGGUACGAUUAGGUUUGUUGCAAGUAUAUAAUGAUGAGUUUUUGUUUGUUUUCAUUUGGUAGAUAUGUGUUACUAUUGUUUUUUGUCCAAUAUGUAGGUUAUCGUAUUCAUUUAGCUUAUAGUGUCCAUUGUUUGCCAUCAUUAUUGUCCAAUAACUUGUUAGGAUGCUGUACAUAUACAGGUUUGUAAUAUCAUGACAUACAAUGUUCCUGCAUGACAUUCAUAUGGUAGAUAGGAAACAAGUACGGUAAUUUAAUAAUACAUGACAGAUUCCAUCCCAUUGCAUUAGAUGUAAUAUAUCCAACAAUCUUGUAAAUCAGCAUUCUUGUUUUAAUAGGAAUACAUUUCUGUUAAUCCAGAAGCUCCCAUCCUAUUACAUGCGAAGUAAUAUAUCCAUAUUAUAUUUUGACUGUGACAAGCAUUUGGUUUCAUCCAGCAGUUAACAUGGCACCAUUCACAUCCAUCAGAAUUGCAAAACUAUAUAAAAAAGUAAUUGGUAGCAUGAGAUAGCCACCACAGAAUAGGCAAUUCCAGCUUUUAGUUUAUGUGUGCAGGGGGGAAUGGGAAGUAAGGAAUAAUAUUGCUGAUUAAGCUGAAAAAUAAAAAUGAUGGCCUUGUAAACACGGAGUUUUAGCUCAUACUUUUCAGCAUAAUCAGCAAUAUGAUACCUUAUUUCCAGUCAUGCAUAAAUUAAAAGCUGGAAUUUCUCUACCCUAACCUGCAAUCAGGCCUAUAAAUAAAUAAAUAAAUAGGCCUGAUACAAACCGCAAUAUAAGUCCAUGCCUUACAACCGUAUUUUUGUUGUAAAUCUGAUUGGUUUAUGAGACAAAAGAUUUUUCAAUCUGUCAUUUGCUUGGUUGCUGCUAAUUAGAAUAUAAUUUUUAGUAUUGUUGAUAUAUUUUAUAGUAAUCACAACUAUAAUUAGGUUGUUGUUGUCGUUUUCUGAAAUUUAAAUUUCCCCUGCGACAUUUUGAUUGGAUACUAAAUAAUUAUAAACUUUGCUGUGAGUGGAAUGCGAUCGGAUUAAGGUUUGUGUCAUACUAUAUUUGUAAAAUAAAGCCUGAUCUCAGUUUAGCUCUAACCCAAUGGAUAGGUCAGUGUUAUUUUUUGUUUGGUGAUACUUUUUCCCUCAACAGGCUUUAACACAAUGUUAUUUUGUGCCUCAAUGGGCUCUACAACAAUGGGUAGUCAAAUGUUAUUUUGUGCCUCAAUGGGCUCCGCAAUAAUGCAGGUUGUUUAUUCCUGACAAAAAUGUUUUGGACCUACAGAUUUGUUUAAAAAUUAUCCUAAUUAUUGCUCAUAGUAGAAAAAAAACUUUUAAUAAAAAAAAUUGGGGGUCACCAACGUUGUUUUCGAAUUAAACUAGUUUAAAUGCAAAUUAGCAGCCAUUUUAAAAUGUCGUUGUUGCCAUAGCAACCACAGUUACGGACUUUUUCGUUACAGUUUCGGAUUCUCAAAAUACUGUUCUAUACAAGAUAUCUGGUUUCAUUCUUCUAUAAAAAUAUCGAUGUGCAAAAUUUUGUGUCUGAAAUGUGCCUUUUCCACUUUUCAAGAAACUGCAUGGAGCCACCUUAAAACUGAUGCUAUGUAUAAGCAUUUUACUGAUAUUAUUUUUAGUUUUAAAACGUCUACUCUGGUUGUGACGUCAUUUAUUUAGAUCUAAUUAAACAGUUUUACAUGCAUCAUUCCCAAUUGAAAUGUUUCGGUUUCACUGUAUCUGAAAAUUUCUCAUGUGAAAUGUUCCAAUUUUACAAAUCAGUUUCACAUGUGAAAUUUUCAUAUGGCAGAUCUUGUGCUAAAUUUCUUUGUGAAAUGUUCUUCAUAACAAGUAUUUGAACAAAGUGGUUAAUACAGUAACACAACUUUUUAUGUCAUUUUCACUUUGUGAUCGACCCCAUGCAUGUUUAUCUUAAGACAGUAUUAGUACAAUAUUCACAUUCUUUCCGUGACACAUGUAAUUAUAGAUUGAAUUACUUUGGCGACGUGCAGUUGUUGAUGAGAGUGGUCUAUUGUUUUGUCUUGCUAAUGCUGACUUAUUGGACUAUGAUGUCAGUCAACAAGCUGUUCGUUCUUUGAUCUUGUUGACACAGAACCAUUCUAGUAAGUAUGAUGUUGCAUAUAGCUUUUAAAUUGAAUUAACUGUUAGGAUACAAUAAUUUUAUCUCAAGAUUCUGUGAUCAAUAAUAGAAUUUAUUGAUUCAAUCUGGAGAUACAAGAAAUUAUUCACAGGGCUUAUUCACCAUUUUGUGGGUACUGGUCUCUCCCAUUUCUGAGAGUGCGAGGCCGAGAACUGAGACUUUUAUAUUAAUGUGUGUGUAUGUACUGUAUAAGGAUAAACGUACAGUCAGAACUUAAUUCGAAGAGCCGCUUUUGCAUAGAUUAUCUGACGUGGCAAGCCAGACAGCCAGUACUCCACAGAUGUCAGUUGUGGGCCACGUGAGAAUGGUUAAAUGUAGAAUUCAAUGACCAGUCUUAUUUUUGGACGGCUAUGUGUCUGCACGGUGUUUAAUGUACCUAUCAAUGUAAAUCCCGUGGGGGGGUGGGGAGGCCGGGACUAGGGAGGGGAUUUGACAAAAAUACGAGAAAACUAAUCAAAUGCCCGCAGGGGGGGGGGGAAUUCCGGUCAAAUAAAGGUAACUUUCCCCCACCCAAGGGAGAAGAGCUACAUAUUUUAAGCUUUUUAAAAACACCAAUUUACUUAUAAACAUCGAGCAAAACAAGGGAGAAUCAUUUUUAGUAAUAUGAAUUGACAUGAACAUAAAGGUCCGUUCACACUGGAGGCGAUGCUACAACGCGAUGCUAUUUUCUGAUUUUACAACGCGAUGCUAUUUUCUGAUAACUUUGAUCCUGGUUUAAAUUUAAACUUUCCUUUUAUACAAUUACGUAAAAGCCACUGUAAAAAGCUUUGCAAAACCGCACUUUCGACCUCGCUUUCGACUACGCUCAAAUGACCACGCUGGAUUUAAAUUUACGCAUCACUGCUCAUGCGCAUUAAUAAGUUCAACCUGCAAAUUGAAACCGCCCCAUCCUGGGGACAGGCAAGUUAGAAAACGUCCCAGGGAGGGGAUGAGUUUUGUCAUCAACCCCCCUAUACUGUCCCCCCACGGGAUUUACAUUGAUAUGUGCAUAAAAAUACGCAAUGGUUGGUUCAAACCCAAAACUACGUAAACCUAAUUUUCUAAUUAUUAUGUAGUUUACUCGACCACAGUAAAGCACUUCUUGUGUAAUUGUAUCAGUUCAGAAUCUGUCUACCUUUCUCUCGAAAUCUUCAUCUACAAAAUCCCUUUAUCAUUCCGUUCUGGCGAGCGAGAUCGCUGAAAAUUUGGAUUAUUUACCCUUAUAUAACACGUUGGCAUCACCCUAGUAUAUGGAGUUUAUACAUCAACUUGUGGUUAGGUCUUAGCAACUAAACUUUGUAGCUCAGGAAUCAGAGCUAUGCACUGGAAUUGUAGACAGUGCUGUAAGUUUAAUUCCAGCCUGAGGCCAAUAGUUGCAGUUUUCGCAACUGCUUCUGGUUAGGUCUAAAAUAUGUAUUAAUAUUCAAAACCUCAAUAAUUCAUGAGGAGAACAUAAAGAAAAAUCAUAAGCGUGUCGUAUCUUUAUAUGUGAUAGAUUGAUUUACAUAAACUUUAACUUUGAUUUUCUUGAUUUACACAUCGUAACUAGAUCGUUCGUUUUAAGAUACAUAACAUAUACAUAUAUCUAAUAAAACACUGCAGCUCAUGUUUUAAAUAGUUCAUCCGCUCAUAUUUCCAUGUACAAAAACCCUGCAUACUAAUGAUUGAAUAUUAAAUUAUCUCACUCUACAACACUUCAUGUCAACCUUCACUGCACUACUCUAAAGCGUAGGGCUAGAAUUCCAGUCGUUGCUGGUUGAAUCCUUAGAAUCUGUUGAAUAAAAAAAAUACUUUUUUCCUGUGUUGGUGUAAUGUACUCAGGUGAAUAUGAUGCUUGUGAUGUUACUCCGAGUGUACCAUCAUACCAUCAAGCUAAACACUUUAAAGUGGUAGCGUAGUGGUAGAGUGGUAGUGGUAAAGUGCUAAAUAUAGUCAAUAGCCUAUAUUUUAAUAGGGUUUCCUCUUUCUGUUUAGGAUAUCACUUGGUCGUAAUUUGUAGUAUUGAGAAUGAAGACAAGUCACACAUGGUAGCAUCCAUAGAUCAGUUUCGUCGCCAAUUUCCCUUGCUCGCACCAAUGAGAGGUAUUCAGCAUUAUUUAAAAGAGCAGUUGGUUGUUUCAGAUGCGAAAAUGGUGGGCGAUGUUCAGUGGGCACCAGCAGCCACUGUUGACAUGGAAAAGUGAGUGAUGUAAAAUGUAUAUACGUACUGUACAGUAGUGAACACUGUAAUUUUUGUAUAGUUUGUAUACAGGGUGUAUAAAAAAGCUGUACAUUUCGAAAAUGUCUACUAAGCUGCAAAUGCUGCAAACUUUGUGGAGUUUGCUAGUAUCUUUACAACGAAAAUUAUUUUGAAAAGUAAAUUGUAGGUGCAGGAGGGUAUCUUUUGAAAACCACUUUAAAAACAAUUGAAAUGCAAUUUUAAUAGACAAUUCCCAUUAUAGACUAAUUUUAAAACUAGGCAAGGAGAUGCAAAUAAAUCACCACAGCUAGGAAGAGCAUACUAAAAUUAGUAAUAUUACAAAAUUUGGUUGCGAAAUGUUGUAAAAUGCGGAAAAUAUAUUAUAGCCUUGCAAAGUUCGCAAAUUUUGUAUACUUUUGUAUUGUGUGCGAAAAUUGCUACCACAUUCUUAUCACAUUUUGGCCGAAAAUGGUAAAAAUAUGUAAUGUAAAAGAAAUCUCAGCGGUGGUACACAUACUUUGGGUGAAAAAUUAUUAAACACAUUAACUACAUAAUAUCAUAUAUGGAAAGUGUCAUGAAGAAAGUUAAAGCCUUAUGGAUCGAAAGCUUACAGUGCACUUGCACAAGUCCAAAAUUGAUUGUUUAUUGUUUACUUUCAUUAUUUUCAAAGACUAUCUGUUCGUGUUGUUCAGUCGUCCAGAGCUGGUAUGGGAAAAAGUUUGGUAGUAAAGCAUUUGGCAGAACAAUUGACUAACCUUCCGAAUAACAAAAAGCUUCGCGAAGACUUAAUGUUGUCGUUAUGCCCCACCAUUCCUGUACAUGGAAUCUCUGUGGAUAGCGAUUGUGUUACCCGUACUCUUCGUUCCCAUGCUGUCAAAAGAGAUAUUCCUGUUUCAAGGAUUUUUCAUUUGGACAUGUCUCAGUCGGUUAGUAGCACACAUUGUGUAAUCAAAUCGAAAACAGGAAUUUUGUGACAAUAUUUAUAAAUUGGGAAAUGUUUCACAAUUGUGACGUAACUAUCAUCCCAAUUUUAUGUUGGCUUUUUAUCGAACAAGUAACAAUUCUUCACAUUUUGAUCUACUAUAACUAAGAAUUUCCAUCAUAUUUUAAAUAACUAUGAGAAGCCCCUUAAGUGAGAUUGAAAAGUAAAUUGACAUGGAGUGAGGAAUAUUGAACAUUUAAAAUUGACAUGGAGUGAUUAAUAUUGAACAAAAAUGAAUAUCCAAUUUUUAUUAUUGAAUAUUGUGUCAAAUUAAAGGCCUGUUAGGCCUAUAGGUUGCAUAACGUUUGUUAGAAUGCUAAUUGAGUGUUUUAACAACGUAAUCUUAUUGGUAGAAGACGUUUUGCUUUAACAACAAUGAAGUUUGCCCCUAGUAGCCUACGUCAACUUUCAACCAAUAAAUUCGAAACUGUGAACAAAUGUUUAGUUUAUGCACGCGUCGCAAUCAAUUGCAAUUGGCUGUAAAUUCUAGCUUGCAAUAAAUUACUGCACAACAAUAGUGGUGUAAUAUUUACGUCAAACAAUAUGUUCAUAACUAAGUUUAGUGCAAAUUCUAUUUGCUAUUCGAACUGAUCAGUCGAUACAUAUAGUCAUGGAUAAAAAACGUCCAUGCGUACAUAAUUUCCUGCCCCGGCAGAGAGUACAAAUCUUUUCUUUGAUAACUUCAUUAAGGUUGUAAAAGGAUUGGACAAUUUCUUGUUUAAACUUGUCAUCUUGCGAGCUGUGAAAGAUCAUAGUGGGAAUGUCUGGAGAAGAAAAUCAACUGAUAUGUAUGUUGUUGAAAUUACAACAGACAAGUCGUUUGAAAUAUUAACAGCCGAGGAUGCUGUAACAGAUGGGAACUACAAUCAG